GGGCUGAGUAAGGCAGCUGCAGGCUGAGGCAGGAAAUAAUUUGUGUGUGCAUGAAAGCAUUUGUGUGUUUAGAGGCUUGUUUCUACUCGGAUCACUGCGUUCUCCCCCACUCACUGCUCCUACGUGUUUUGACCCACCACCAACUCACUUCUCAAGUAUGCUCCCCUUCCAAGCAGCACCCGGUCAGUUUGGUCCAGAAAUCCGGGAACCUGGCCUGCGGGUGUGGAGGGUGGAAAAAAUGAAGGCAGUGCUGCUGGAUCCCUCUGAGGUGGGAGCUUUCUACAAUGGAGAUUCCUAUCUGGUGCUGGAGAACCGUGGUGAUCAGGGAGCUGACCUCCACAUGUGGAUAGGUGAGAAGUCAUCUCGAGAUGAGCAGGUAGCAUGUGCCAUGCUAGCCACCCAGCUGGACAACUUUCUUAGCGGCGACCCAGUUCAGCACAGACAGGUUCAGGGCUUCGAGACCCCUGAAUUCAUGGAGCUCUUCCCCAGAGGGGUCAGCUACAAGGAAGGUGGUGUGGAGUCUGGCUUCAGGAGGACGCAGGGCUGCGGUACGGUCCACAGGUUGUACCAGAUCAAAGGGAAACGCAACAUCCGUGCCAAGGAGGUGGAGCUGUCUUGGAACAGCUUCAACAAGGGCGACUGUUUUAUCCUUGAUCUUGGAGAGACUAUUGUAUCAUGGAUCGGGUCACAAGCCAACAUUUUUGAGAAGCAGAAGGUGCGUGAAAUUGCCUCACUGAUCCGGGACACAGACAGACAUGGAAAAGCUCGUAUUGCGGACACUAAUGAGGGGGAGGAGCCAGAGGAGAUGCUCAAGGUCCUGGGAAAGAUGCCAGCACUAGCAGAGAGCACGCCAGAGGAGGACAGCCAAGCUGAUGCAUCCAACUCUGCAUCCUUAUACAAGGUGUCUGAUGCCACAGGUUCCAUGACAAUGACCAAGAUAUCAGAAAAGAGCCCAUUUGCCAAGGAGCUGCUGGUCCGUGAUGACUGCUUCAUUUUGGAUAAUGGCGCCAAUGGAAAAAUCUUUGUCUGGAAAGGAAAUGGAGCGAACGCUGAGGAGAAGAGGGAGGCCCUACAGAUGGCGGACAACUUCAUCAAGCAAAUGAAUUACCCCAGAAUGAAAACACAGGUGGAAAUUCUGCCACAGGGAAAGGAGACAAUCAUCUUCAAGCAGUUCUUCAAGAGCUGGAACUAAACUUUUUACUGGAACAUAUGACAAAUCCUGUACUCAAGAAGAAAAUGCACAUCUGCACAAAGACAGCAUCUAAUUCAAAACCCCUUUUUUUAUAUGCAUUCAUUUGUAUGUACAUAUUUUAAAGGCGGCGUGCAGACAGAGCACACUGCAGCUUGCUUUGAACUUUGGUAGAAUCAGAGAUGUGAUGCCACUUUUUUAAAAAACAAAAUCAUUAUUUUCUGUUAUGAGUGUGUGGAUUGAAAAGAGAACUAUAACAAUGACCUUAAGUAAAUUAGAUUGGAUUUUUUUUUAUAUAUUUGUUCAAUAGUGUCACAGAUUUGUCUGCAUUUGAAAAAUAAACCUGAAAAUUGUU